CCAUGAGCAAGUGCUUUAAGAGAUUGUACUGCUACAGAAAAUGCUGACUUUUGUGGUUCUAAUCAUAUUAUGCAUCUUGGUUGUAUUGUGUGAAGGAUCUAUUUUGACAUUGGUUGGACGAGUUGGGGAUAUGGUUACUUUACCCUGUAAAUAUGAAGUCAGUACGUAUGGCAUAUCAAAUGUUUGUUGGGGAAGAGAUCAAUCCUGGUUCAACUGUGAGCAUACACUCCUUGCCACUGAUGGAAUGAUGGUAAACUACAGAGCGUCAAACAGAUACAGUUUACCCAGUAAACUCCAGCAUGGGGAUGUUUCACUCACCAUCAAGGCGGCACAAAAAGCAGACACUGGAUUUUAUGUAUGCCGUAUUGAGAUACCUGGACCAUUCAAUGACCUCUGCUACAGCUUUUACCUAAUCAUUAUAAAUGGACUAAACACAGCCAACAUCACAAAACAGUUUCCGACUUCUGCAGAGAAGCAAACAAAAGAAGUCACAGACAACUCGAGAUACAGUUCAUCAGUACGACGGACCCAUUCUGAGAACAGAGUGGAAACAUUUAUCUUGAAUGUUUUGAGAGCGGGAGCCAUUAUAUUCAUCCCUGGUUUAAUCUUGGCACUCAUAUGGAAACUGUGGCGCUCCAGAAAAAGUGAAGAGAGCAGUGAAAUGGAAAAUACCCCCAGACGCAACCACAGCAGCAGCAUCUCCCCUCCCCAUAAUUAGACAUGAUGUGUUUCAGUGAAAUAUCCACCAUUAUAACAAACAUGGUAUCUUUAAUUUUCACUUUUUUUCCUCAAUGUCUAACAUCUUAUUAUCAAGAACUAUAUAUUUUUUUCUUUCACUCUGUGAGAGACUUUAAAUGUGUGACAGGUUUAAACAUUGCAUCUUAAUGCAAACUUUAAAACUUAAUCUGUUUCCAAUUAAACCGUCACUUCAGUUUUGUUUUGCUAUAAGUCUAUGUAGACCAGGGCACACGGUGGCUUAGUGGUUAACACGUUCAUCUCACACAUCUAGGGUUGGGGGUUCGAUUCCCACUGUGGCCCUUUGUGUACGGAGUUUGCAUGUUCUCCCCGUGCUGUGGGGGUUUCCUCCGUUUACUCUGGUUUCCUCCUCCAGUCCAAAGGCAUGCAUGGUAGGCUGAUUGGCAUGUCCAAAGUGUCCAUAGUGUAUGAAUGGGCGUGUGAAUUUGUAUGUGAUUGUGUGCCCUGUGAUGGAUUGGCACCCUGUCCAGGGUGGACCCUGCCUUGUGCCCAAUGCUCCCUGGGAUAGGCUCCAGGUUUCCCUGUGACACUGAAAAGGAUUAAGCGGUAUAGAAGAUGGAUGUGUAGACCUUCCUCUGUCUGAAACAUGCAUUAUAUCUUCUUUUGGGGGGGUUGGAUGUUUUUUUUGUGUUUUUUUUACACGUUUCUCUUGGGUGGAUGGUGUGCUACAGUCUUGCACUAGGUUUCAGCAACCAGCUUUAUCUUAUCAUUGCCUUAAUGGUCUUUUCACUUCUCUCCCAUGUGCUUUUAAAAUGGUACCCUUAAGUUUCAUGUAUUUCAAUUCCCACUGCUUCCACUGUAUGUACUAGAAAAAAAUAUAUACAAUGGAAAUACCACCACAGGGGUCUCAAAUCUGUUUCUUAUUUCAUGUACACUUAA